AUGAGUGUAGACAAGACUAAGGCUUUUUUUAUGCAAGAUGCAAUGGAAGUGUUAGAUCGUGAAGCAGAGGAUUACUUUGACCAUGACUUAUUCACAAAGCAUCUAAUUAAAAACCCAAACUUUGAAAAUGAGAGAUAUGCUUUAAAGUAUGUAGGAAACAUAGUUAUCGCAAGUAAGCAUGUGACUAAGGUCUAGAUAGAUCAUAAAUUUCAAAAGCUAUUUGAUGAAAAAGCAGAUCAAUUGUUAUAAAUGAGAAAGGAGCUAGAAGAUAAUAGAAGAAACUCACAAUCUUAAUAAGAGUAAUAGGAUUAACAGUAUCAUUAAUGA